AGCGUCUCUCUCUUAAAUUUUCCCCAAUAUCUUUGUAUCUCCAUUUCAGAUGAAUUGUUCUCUUUCCAAGGGUUGAGGAGAACAUGGUCGUGGUUCAAGUGAAGCCACUACAGCCACUGCCUGACAAGUCUUCCACACUGACAGUGGCAGCAAACACACAAGGGAGGAUGGUGUGGUGGACAAGAGGAUGCAGGGAGACGGCAGACAGAAUGGAAGCUACAGAUGAAAGAAGAGCAGGUCAAGCCAUGGCAGCAGACAGACAGACAGAGACAGAUUGGAUCAGAAAGUAUUAUUAUUUAGUGAGACAGGCCCACUGGAAGCUGUCAGUCUGCUGCGGCACGUGGCAAGAACCAAGUGUUGAGGAGCACACGUUGUCCCUUCACCAGUCAGCAGACUGCUCGCCUUCACAGGUCUGGGCGGCUCGGAAGUCUCACUACAAACUGGAGAUCCAUUCUCUUGGACACAGCUGGAGUCGGACACAAGAUUCAAGAGGGAGUCAUUUUAACGAGAGCUUCAGGCAGAAAAUUCGAGUGGAUUUUCAUUUCUAA